AUGGAAAACUUGUGGAACGCCUGGGCCAAGCAGAGUGGGGAUGCCUGGACAGGUUCAGUGACUUUGGAGGCCAAGUGGGGCAUGGAUUUGAGUUCGACGGAAGGCGAGCUGCCAGUGGAAGAUGGGCUGAGGACGAUGGGUCCGGUUGGUCCAGUUGAGCCCCCAAAGAAGAGUACUGGGAAAACGGAUGAUGGCGACCUUCAAAGGGCACUUGAAGGGGAGUUAGUCAACUACCUUCGAUGUCAGAAUUCGAAGCUGCUUGCAGAAGUGGCAUCUCUCAGAGACAAGCUGGAAAAAACAUCAGGGAUGGGUUCUUCACCAUGGUCUGCUUUAGAUGGGGUUGAGUCAGUGGAGGCUUCUCAACAACAUGGACGUCAUGGUAGGCAUGGAAGUAGAACUCCCCGGGUUCGAACUAGAGAAGUAGCGGUGAGUCCUGAGAGAAAGGUGAUCAGGCAGACUGAUUUGAGGCAUACCCCAAAUGGCACGAGGGUUCCGGAUGGCCCCCCGCCUGAUGAAGCGGCUGAGAAGCCUCUGCCACCGGUGCCUCCUUUUCCAGAUGAUGUGAGAAAUGCAGGGGAACCUCAGCAGUCUAGCUUUGUGAGUAGUUGCAAUGAUGGUUUGGACAUCUAUGACACAUGUGACUCCAAACCCAAGAUGAAAAACGGAGAUGCAGCAUGGAAACCAACGAUUGAAAGGGAUGGUCCUCUUUCUGCAAGUGAGGCGAAACAGGUUUGGCUAGAGCGUGAAGUCAGGUCUUUGAAAGUAGCCUUGGAUAGGGUAGCCAUACCACAAGCCUUGCAGCAGUCUGGAUACUGGAAUCCGGGCAUGGACAGUGGGCCAUUCUCCAAACAUGUUGGUCCUGCGGCCUCUGCACAUCAUCAUGCGAAUCAUCCCCAAGCUCGGGCUCAGCAUGGUGGAGGUGGAGUGCAAGAACUUCGAGAUCGGGGGGGAGAUCCGCCGCCGAUGCCAGAAUCUGCUGAUGAUCUGGGCGACCCACUGGACCCCUUGAAUGAACAACCUCAUCCAGAACCUGAAGGUGCUGGCGGCCUUGCUGAAGAUUCUAUGCGCACAGCCUUUGAUGUCUGGCAUCGUCUCAUUGAAGACGCUAGCAACAUCGGUGUGAAGAACCUCACAUUCACCGAGGUGCCUUCACAAAGCUUGGAAGAGGAUAAUCGCCAACGUCUUCGCGGUGAAGCUGAAACUGGAGUUCGGGCCUUGCACGUGCGAUUGGGUCUUCGAGCAGCGGUCGAGCGGCGGGGACUACAUCCAGAACAUCUCCUUCCAGCUCGGGUCUUGCAAGCGCUGCGGCAGCUUUGGGCACUGAUCAUGCAACUGGCGCGACAUCAGGAACUUCCACGUCAAGUUCGGGCUCUGCGAGCGAACCUGCUGGAUGGCCUCUAUGGUUGGUUGGCGUCUCCGAGCUCCUUGUUGUACGAUGCGGCACUGUUGCGACGGGUUCAGCAGUACAUGGAUCGAGUGCUGAAACUCCUCAUCGACGUCAUUAAACGCAACGGAUGCUGCGCGGCAGCACGACAUGUGGGCACGUCAGGGAACAUGAGGCGGCGUGUCAAAGGCCUAGCCAUAGGGUCGAAGAGCACCAGUUGCGUGCCCAUCGUGCCCAUGGAUCAGUCAGAGGAGGUCGUCACGCUUCCGCGGCAGCGUUCCGUACACUUUGCCGAGAAGGUGGAGACGCAAACGUUGGACGAGGUCGACAAGAGCCUCGAGCAAGCCGCCCUGGCAGCGGCGCAGAUGGCGCAGAUGGCGCAGGCCACGGUGCCGGUGCCCGUGGCGGUGCCCAGCAACGUCACCAAGGCAGAUGGCAAUUUGCCCACCUGUUACUACCUGGCCACCAGUCAAAAGGCGGGUUAUGAGGGCGACUACCAGUGGAUCAUCGAGCUGGAGAAGGGUUGGAGCACGUGGCUUCCCGGAAACGAACCCUUCCAGGGUAGCACAAACGAUGGCCCCAUGCGAUAUACCCUCGGCAGAUACGACUUCGAGGUCAGUUUCGAUUCGGAGUCACAGGGCGUCCAGCGGAAUUUGACUACCGGGAAGGUGCGACGCCUCCAACGCAUUGCGAAGGGAGAGGCGCUCCCUGCAUGGGAAGGCACCGGUCUGCGGCGCCGCCCCGCUGCGCCACAUCCCGCGCCAGCGGCGCAUGCGGCGCACGCAGCGCACGGCACGCACGGCGCGCCACUGCGGAGAGGACCCACAGGUGGUUACGCCCCGCACCAGAGCAAGCCGCCUUCUGCGGCGAAGCCGGGCGGCACAGAGACACGUCCUCAGGUGUCGCAUGCUGCGUACACCACCACAGCCAGGGCUUAUCCCAACACAGCCAGGCAACUUCCGCAUUACAUGAAACCUUUGAGGUCCAAAGCGUAGAACUCUUUGCCGCGGCUGAAGAUUUGAAGCUGAUGUUUUGAUUUGGGUGGAGACCCCUGGUUUACAACGAGAUUACCAGGUUCUAUGGUUACUAAACCAUAGUCACCAUAGGGGCUGUCCAACCACGGCACCACCUCGUAGGUUCACCAUUUGGGGAAUCCAUUGCUAUUCUGAAGCGGUAAUGGUCCCCUUAGUCCUUCAACCAAAAGAUCAAAGAUGCCGAGGGGAUUGGAAGCAGC